AUGUUUCCAACAUUCAAAUAUUGCGCAAUUGACUAUUUAUAUGAGGAAGUAGUUAGAAAGAAGUUUUGCAGAGAUGCUUUAUUGCUUCGAAUCCCUUCAUGUUUAUAUCAAGAUGAAAAUUAUCAUGCAAGAAAUAUUGAUAAUAAAUUUAGGAGGCCAUGGACAAGAGUCUCAGCCGUUUCAGUCUGGGGAACAACAGAUACAGCUAUCUCAGUCUUGGAUCAAUGGAAAGCCAGUCUCUUUGUGGAGGAGUUCCUUGAGAAAAGAACAGCUACAGGAAUGUUGACCCAGAUUAACUGUGAAUUUGAGGAAGUUGUUCCAAGUUCAAACCCAAACUCCCAAACUGAAGUAGAGGAAUCCAGCUUAUAUACUCAUAAAGACAGCAAUGAAGUCUUUACACCUGUCAACUGUUUAGGAAAAUAUCCAGCACUUCAAGCGCAGAACCAAGAUUUGUCUGUUGAUGAAGAAAUAAUUUUUGUAAAUAAUUUGAUGGCCUAUAAAAGUCAACUACCAACUUUGCAGACUCUGUUGAGUAGGCUAAAACUAUUUUUAGUAAAGGACCCUCUGUUAGAUUUCAAAGGACAGAUCUUCACUGAAACUAAUUUUUUCAGGGAGUGUUUCUCUUUUCAAGGAGAUUUGAAAGAUUUUUUGAAAGAAGAUUUUUACAUGGAUAAAGAGAACUUCUCUCAGAAGAAGUUAGAAGAUUCAGUAGGUUUAAAUAAGUCUCUAUCAAUUUUGCCUGAAUGUGAAUUCUUAAUAUCUACAAGUCUCAAACAAGAAGUUGAUAUUCCAUCCCUCUCAGAACUGAAGGAGUCAUUAAACUUAAUGCCAGAAAUAAUAAAUUAUGUAGAUGACAAUGAAAAGCUUUUCAAAAGAGAUCUUACUACCAUGUAUGGAAUUGACGUUGAGGAUAUAAAAUGUAGCUCCACAGAAAUUUUGGCCAUUCAAAGUCAGUGUGAACCAGAGUAUGGGGAACCAGUAGAGUUAGAAAUGCCACUAACUCAUCUACACCUAACAGAUCAACAUUCUUUAGUGAACUCAUUAUGUACAGGACUUCAGACAUUUCCAUCUUCUCCUGUUUGUAAGAUGAGUUUGCUUACUGCUGAAGAAUCAGCCAACAAAUACUAUAUGGUUUGGCAAUCAGAAAGCUGUAGAAGCUCUUUGAACUCAUUUUUGCUUAGAGUGCCAAGAACUGAAGAGCCCAACAGUCAAUAUGCAGUUACAGAUUUGAAGAAGAUACUUUCUAUUAAAGAAGAAAGCCUUGAAGUUAAUCCUAUGAACACAGAGGAGUGGAAACAAGCAGGACUAAACCUGAUAGUGACAGAAACUUUGGAACAUCUAAGUACAUAUUUGUAUCAUAGUAAUCUAUAUUCUGAUGAUACUAAACUGGAGAUAUUUUUGCCUGCAAAUGUGCUUCAAUUAGAAUCUUGGUUAGAACAUAAAAGUUGUUCCUCACCUGUUACACUUAUUAAUGAGAAAUCUACAAGUGAUCAUUUAUCACCUUCACAAAAGACUCUAUCUCUGGCAAAUGAAGUGCCAGAUCUGUGUUUUUCUGAUGAGCGUGUCCCUGCUAAAAGACCAAGAAAAGAAGAAAAACCAAAGAAAGACUUAGAAGCAGGUUAUGGAAUAAUCCAAAAUAAAGAAAGUAAAGAUAAUUUGGAACUUGACUGCACAGUGCCAGAAUCAUCUUCCUCUUUAAAAAUUGAAAAAGCAUCUUUUUUUAAACAUGUUAAAAAGCGGGAGAAUAACUUGGACCUUUUGAAUGACUUUAUUAUGCUGCGGAAUAAGACUCCAAAGACUGAGGUCACAGACAGUGAUGGAAAAGACGAUAAAGAGGAACAUCCUUUGACUCUCCAAGAAGACAGUCCUACUGUUUGUACUAAUAAAAUUCUGGAGAAAACAGAUCAGGAGUGGAAAGCAGAUGAUGUCAUUGAAAUUCAAGCAUCAGAUAGCCAAUGCCAAGCAUACUGCCUACUAGAAGCAGCAGCUUCUCCUAUCUUAAAAAAACUUGUAUGCUUCUGUACUCUCCCUGAUGCUAAUUGGAAAUUUGCCACUGUCAUUUUUGACCAAACAAGGUUCCUCUUAAAAGAACAAGAAAAAAUAAUAAGUGAUGCUAUUCACCAAGGUAAAAAUGAUGAAAGAGAAAUGAUAUUCAAGGAUGCUGCCCUCUUACAUCUUUUGGUAACAGUUAGAGAUGUUCUUUUAACAUGUAGCUUGGACACAGCAUUGGGAUAUUUGUCAAAUGCAAAAGAUAUCUACAAAAGCAUUUUAGGCUCCUAUUUGGAUGACAUUUGGCGACAACUGGAGAUUAUAUGGUUUAUUAGGGAAAAAAAGCCUGAUACCAACUACAGGUUACAAGAAUUGGAAAGUCAGAUACUAAAUUGGAUGCAAAGUGAACAGCAAAUUAAGGUGCUGAUUAUAAUAAGAAUGGACUCAGAUGCUGAAAAACAUUUACUCAUUAAAAUGCUUAACAAAAUAGAAGGUUUAACAGUGAUGGUCCUACAUUCAAAUGAAAGAAAAGAUUUUCUAGAAUCCGAAGGUGUUUUCCAUGGCACAAGUUUCUGUGUAGUUGUACACAAUCAAUAUAUUGGAGCAGAUUUCCCCUGGAGUAAUUUCUCACUUGUAGUGGAAUACAAUUUUGUAGAAAACUCCUGUUGGACUGAACAUUGCAAAAAAUUGAAUAUUCCUUACAUGGCCUUUAAAGUGAUUCUUCCAGACACAGUUUUAAAGAGAAGCACCCUGCUGGAUAGUUUUGGUCGUUUUCCUUUGGAAAUUCAGAUUCCGUAUGUGUUUUUUGCAUCUGAAGGACUUCUUAAUACUCCAGAAAUACUUCAGUUGCUAGAAUCCAACUAUAAUAUCACACUAGUGGAGAGAUGCUGUAGCGAGUCAUUGAAACUCUUUGGAGGUACAGAGCAUUAUGUGGUGGUGACAAUUGAUGAACGCACUACUAUAAUUUUGCAGGACCUAGAAGAAUUAAACUGUGAGAAGGCAUCAGACAAUAUCAUUAUGAGACUCAUGGCAUUAUCAUUCCAGUACAGUUAUUGUUGGAUGAUUUUAUAUUCCAAAAAGCCACUAAACUCAGAGUACCAUCUUACAGAAAAGACACUUCAUCACCUCGCACUGAUUUAUGCAGCUUUGGUUUCAUUUGGGCUAAAGUCAGAAGAACUGGAUGUAAAGCUUAUAAUUGCCCCAGGAGUGGAAGAGACUGCAUUGAUAAUUCGACAAAUUGCUGACCACAAUUUAAUGACCUCGAAGAGAGAUCCUCGUGAAUGGUUGGAUAAAUCCUGGCUUGACAUUUCACCAUCUGAGGAAGAAAUGUACUUACUUGAUUUUCCAAGUGUUAAUCCAUUGGUGGCUCAGCUCAUGUUACAUAAAGGACCUUCACUGCACUGGAUAUUAUUAGCAACUCUUUAUCAACUUCAGGAACUCUUACCUGAAGUUCCAGAAAAAGUGUUAAAGCAUUUUUGUGGCAUCACUUCCUUGUUCAAGAUUAGUCCUUCCAUAACAAAAUCACCUCAAAUGUCAUCACCUCAGGAACUUGGGAAUCAGACUAAUACCUCUACUUCUCAGAGUUCAGCUUCUGGCUCUUCAGAUUCUGUCAUUCAAGAACAUAAUGAAUAUUGCCAAUAUUCAGACUUAGGAGAGACAGUGCAUGAAGACACAGACACCACUUCAAAUUAUAACUCUUUCCUUAUGGAACUAAAAGAAAGGCCAUGCGUUUUAUCACCUGACACUUCUUACAAUCAGACCAGCUACUGGAAAGAAUCCAACUGUAACCCUAACAUAGUGCAAAAUAAUUCUUUCCUGACUAAUAUAGAAGCAAGGAAUGUGUCUGGUAAUUCCUUUCUAAACCAGAAUGAUUCUGAGGCCGAUGUCUUUUCUCUGGGUCUAACAGAAAUGAAUUGUGAAACUAUUGUAUCACCAGUUGACACUCAGAAGAGAACCGCCCCUAAUUUUAUAAAUUAUGAGAAAAAAAGAGCACAUGGAGCAAAAGGACCUAUAGAUAAAGAACUACCUGCCCCUUUGUUUUCAUUAGAGGCUUCUCAAUUUCCUCUUCAUGAGAACCUUAAGAAAAAUGUGUGGAAACAAAAGAAUUACUCAUUCAACUUACAGUAUGACACAGAGCAGAUGGCAUGUGACGAAUGGUCCUCUCAGAAAGAUAAUUUAUUCACUAGUCAGCAAAGAUGUCUAUCAGAUGAGUUCGAAGGCUUCAUGUGUGAAAGCUCAGAUGCUGGGUCUAAGAAGGCUUUCUGGAGAGAAUUACCGUCUGUCCCCAGUUUGGAUUUAUUUUGUACUUCUGAUUCUAAUGUAAAUCAAACAGAAUUCAACAGUCUUUACUUCUCCCAAAGAGCUGGAAAAUGUUUAGGACAAAAAAGGCACUCUGAAUCUUCAUCUAACUCAGGAGACAAGAAAUCAUUAACAGAUCUCAUGUGUUUACAACCACCACAACUCAAAAAACGACGUCUAAUAUAUGAAAAAGUCCCUGGUAGACUUGAUGGACAAACUCGUCUGAGGUUUUUUUGA